CUCUGUGAUCUCUAUGAUUAAAGCGACCCACUGGGCCAAGCCAAAGGCAUUCGAUCACUGUAGCUUCUACGUGGCUCUUCUAUGAACAUGGCCGUGGAAGCUGAAGGCAAGGAGUACUACAGGUGCAAGGCACUCGCAGAGGAUCUAUUGGGGAAGAUGACAAGGCUUCCUGUUAAACUAUGGCUGAGUGCUUUGCGAGUCGGAAAAGAAGAUCCAAGACGAAUCAUUCAUGCUGUAAAAGUUGGGGUAGCACUGACAGCCGUCUCUUGCUUGUACCUCCUGCAGCCAUUGUUCGAAGGAAUUGGACAGGGUGCAAUGUGGGCUGUCAUGACUGUGGUUGUAGUGCUUGAGUUCACUGCAGGUGCAACUUUGUGCAAAGGGCUAAACAGAGGAUUUGGCACAUUGUGUGCUGCAUCCCUUGCUUUUUUCAUAGAAGUCGUGUCGCAGAAGUCGGGCAAAGAGUUCCAUGCUAUAUUCAUAGGAAUUUCUGUAUUUCUAGUAGGAUUCCUGACUACAUACUUGAGAUUUGUUCCAUACAUAAAGAAGAACUACGAGUAUGGUGUAGUGAUUUUCCUACUGACGUUCAAUCUAAUAACGAUAUCGAGUUUCCGGGUGAACGAUGUGCUGGAUUUGACAAAGGAUCGUCUGUCGACGAUCGCUAUCGGCUGCGGCGUUUGCCUCUUCAUGAGCCUCUUUAUUUUACCAAACUGGUCAGGUGAAGACCUGCACAGAUCCACAGUCCACAAGCUCGAAGUCCUGGCAAGAUCUAUCGAAGCUUGUGUGCAUGAAUUCUUUCAGAAUCAAGACAGGGAAUCUCCGGUCAGGGAAGAGAAGUCAUCCAAGGAUGAAAUAUACAAAGGAUACAGAGCAGUCUUGGACUCCAAAUCCAGUGAUGAGACCCUCGUGAGUUACUGCAGUUUGUUUCUACUACUCCAAAUCCAUCUUGAAAUGGUGGCAUGGUUGCAAUCUCAGGCACUCUUUGCGAGCUGGGAACCGAGGCAUUCCAGGCACUGCUACAGCUUGCCAUGGGAGCAGUAUGUGAAGCUCGGUGCUAUCAUCAGACACUUUGGCUACACUGCUGUGGCACUUCAUGGAUGCUUGGAAUCAGAAAUUCAGACCCCUCAAUCUGUGCGGUCGUUGUUCCGGGACCCGUGCGUCCGCGUCGCCGGCGAAGUGCGCAAGGUCCUGGACGAGCUCGCGAGGAGCAUAAGGAACCGCCGGCACUGCUCCCCCGACGUCCUGUCCGACCAUCUCCACGAGGCCCUGCACGACCUCAACUCCGCCAUCAAGUCCCAGCCCCGCCUCUUCCUCAGCUCCAAGAGCGCCCGCCGCGCCGCCGCGGAGCGGAGGCCGGCAGCUGAAAAAAGCACGGGUCUCCCGUCGGCCAGAUCCGACAUCACCUUCGCGCUGGCGCCGGAGUGGCGGGGAGGCAAGUUGGCGGUGGCGGAUCAGCCGCCGGUGAAGGAGGCGAAGGCGUUGAGGCCGACGCUGAGCAAGAUCGCCUUAACGAGCCUGGAGUUCUCGGAGGCGCUGCCUUUCGCUGCGUUCGCGUCGCUGCUGGUGGAGAUGGUGGCGAGGCUGGAGCUGGUGAUCGAGGAGGUGGAGGAGCUGAGCAGGGCCGCCAAUUUUAAGGAGUUUUCGCAGGACCAGAUUGCGAUCGAGAUGGAGCGCGCUGCGGCCGUGAAGGAUUUCCACAGCCAUGUGGUUUGCCAUUCAGCCGCAGACUGAUGAUGACUGACAAGGGAAUGCGUAGAUUUACCGACGGCGCAGUACGUAGCUUGAAUAUCUAACGAAAAUGAAGAUGAACUCUUCCUCCACGUUGUUGGAUAAACCUAUCGAUGGUAGAAUUUAAAACAGUAUCGACUGCUUGUAUUAAUUCUGGAAUUAGUCAAAAUAUUUUCAUAAAAAAGUUUUAAAAUGGCCUCUUAAUCAA